AUGCAUUCUCCUAAACGAACCUUUUUACGAAAUUCCCAGUCAAAUAUUUCUCGUAAACCUGAACUUCAAAUCAAUCAAACACUCUCAACUCACAUCGAAUUAGUGAAGGCGAGAAAUAACCGCCCCCCCCCACAAACCACCGCCUCACUCUGUCUCUCUCUCUCUCUCUCUCUCUCUCUUUUGCUCUAUUUCUCUCACUCUCUCCCUCUGCCUUUCUCUCUGCUUCUGUCUGUCUCACUCUCUCUCUCUCUCUCUCUCUCUCUCUCUCUCUCUUUGCCUUUUUCUCUCUCUGCUUUAUAUUCUUUUGGCCUCUAUCUCUCUAUCUCUCUCCGCUUUUCACUCUGCUUCUAUCUAUCUCUCUCUACCAUUCACUCUUCCUAUCUCUCUGCCUCACUCUCUGCUUUUCUGUUUGGCUCUCUCUCUCUCUCUCUCUUCUGCUCUUUCUGCUCUUUCUGCCUUUCUCUAUUUCUCUUUCUCUCUCCGCCCCUCCCCCCAAAAAAAACGCACAAAAUUCACCAAAAUAUACAAAUAAAAAUAAAAACAUUAAAAAUCCUCUCUCUCACUCUCUCUCUCUCUCUCUCUAUGCCCCUUUUGCUUUUUUCUCUAGUUUCUCUGCCUCUCUCUCCUUUUAUCUAUCUCUGUCUCUCUCUCUCUCUCUGCUCUCUCUCUGGAUCUCUCUCUCUCUCUUCUCCUCUGCUUCUCUAUCUCUCUUUUUUUGUCUUUUUUUUUCUUAGUCCUCUCUCCUCUCACUCUCUCUCUUUUAUCUAUCGGUCUGUUUUUUUCUAUCUCUCUCUCUCUCUCUGCCUCUCUCUCUCUGCCUCUCUCUCUCUCUCUCUCUCUCACUCUGCUUCUCUAUCGGUGCCUUUUUUUUGUCUGCCUUUUAUUUUCUUAGUCCUCUCUCUCUCUCUCUCUCUCUCUCUCUCUGGAUCACCCUCUUUGAUCACCCUGCUUUGCUUUUUUCUAUCUAUCUCUCUCUCUCUCUCUCUCACCCUGCCUCUCUCUCUCCUCUUUUCUCUAUCAUCUCUCUCUCUCUCUCUCUCCUCUGCUUCUCUCUCCUUUUUUUGUCUCCUUUUAUUUUCUCUCUCUCUCUCUCUCUCUCUCUCUCUCUGUCCUAACUCUGUCUCUCUCUCUCUCUCUCUCUCUCUCUCUCUGCCUCUAAUAUCUCUCUCGGUGCCUUUUUCUCUCUCACUCUCUGCCUCUGUCUCUCUCUCUCUAUCUAUCUAUCUGUCUGUCUCUGCUUUUCUCUCUCUCUUCUAUCUAUCUAUCUGUCUGUCUCUGCUUUUCUCUCUGCUUCUCUAUCUUUCACUCUGCCUCACUCUCUGCCUUUCUGUCUGCCUCUCUCUCUCUCUCUCUCUGUGUAUCUCUUCUUGCCUUUCUCUCUUUCUAGUUCUCUUUCUUUCUCCCCAGCCCCCCCACACAAAAAAACGCACCAAAACAUACAAAUAA